UGGAAGGGGCUUUGUAUUGUUUGAAGCGAAGGGUACGAAAUCUGAUUUGAAUUAAGAAGGGAGAGGAAGAGAAAUGGAGAAGGCAGGAGUACUAUCAGCGAAGGAGGCAUUCGAGAAGCUCGAAAAGGUUGGAGAAGGGACGUACGGAAAGGUGUACAGGGCAAGAGAAAAGGCCACUGGGAAGAUCGUUGCCCUAAAGAAGACUCGCCUCCAUGAGGACGAAGAAGGUGUCCCUCCCACCACCCUCCGUGAGGUUUCAAUUCUGCGGAUGCUCUCUCGCGAUCCCCAUGUCGUCAGGUUAAUGGAUGUCAAACAAGGUCAGAACAAGGAAGGCAAGACCGUGCUCUACUUGGUAUUUGAGUACAUGGAUACCGAUCUCAAGAAAUUCAUUCGCUCUUUCCGUCAAACCGGAGAAUCCAUUCCACCUCAAACCAUCAAAAGCUUGAUGUACCAACUUUGCAAGGGCGUUGCUUUCUGCCACGGCCACGGAAUCUUGCACAGGGACUUGAAGCCUCACAAUCUCUUGAUGGACCGGAAAACAAUGAUGCUUAAAAUAGCUGAUCUUGGACUCGCUCGAGCAUUUACGGUGCCGAUUAAGAAAUAUACGCAUGAGAUACUUACCCUGUGGUAUAGAGCCCCUGAAGUUCUUUUGGGAGCCACUCAUUACUCAAUGGCUGUGGACAUAUGGUCCGUUGCCUGCAUAUUUGCCGAACUUGUCACCAAACAAGCACUUUUUCAGGGUGAUUCCGAGCUUCAACAACUCCUUCAUAUAUUCAGGCUAUUGGGCACUCCUAAUGAAGAGGUGUGGCCAGGCGUGAGUAAACUAAUGAACUGGCACGAAUACCCCCAAUGGAAUCCUCAAAGUCUGUCAACGGCUGUUCCGAGUUUGGAUGAGCUUGGAAUCGAUCUACUAUCUCAAAUGUUGAAAUAUGAACCUUCCAAGAGGAUUUCUGCAAAGAAAGCAAUGGAACAUGCCUACUUUGAUGACCUGGACAAGAGGCACCUUUAGGGGGAGAACAACUUGUUUGAACAUUUGGACGGUAGAAAUUUAGGACUAACAAUUUGCUCCCCAUGUAUGCUUCUCUCGAGCGUGUGCAUCCAUAGUGCGUUUAAGCAAUCACUUUAAGUUGUUUUCUUUUCUAUAUUGGUUGAACUAUGGAGUGAAUUGGCCUUAGGAUUUAUUUUAGUAGUAUUGCUUCUUUGUUUUCUUUCUAGUCAUUCUGACGAAAAUCUGAAAAUUUCGUAAUAUAAUUCUGCAUCUUUUUAAUGCUAA